GCCUGCCCGUAUUUUGCAGACGACAGAGUCGUGAAACGCCUUCAACGUGUGUUGCUGAUGUGUUGGCUCUUCGGCGGAGAACAUCACCUGUUUUUUCAAUGUGUCCUCCACAACUCACUUGACACAGUUGCAUGCACGAAUUCAGGGCACACCUUCUUCUCUGUCCUUUCGUUCCAAGUUUUUUCUCUUUACGCACAACCGGCUUUUUAGAAGGGUGUGCCUUUUCCAUCACGUUUGAUCACCUGGCAGUAAACUGGUGUCAGUUUCCUCUGGAACAGCAAACGGGCAGACGCCCGGCCCUCUGGAGUGCUUGCCUCUUUCCCCAUUUGCGCCUUCCACGGGGCAGAGAGGAAAAUUACGGCCACACAGGCAUUUCGGUUCCCUAGGUUAGCUCAAAUGAACUUGAGCGGGCCAGGAUUCCCCUUCAUCCGAGGUCGAAAGGAUGGGAAGGAGCGACCCCAUGCCUUUCCCAGGUGCUUUGUAGGCGUUUGACAGCGGCGUACUCUUGUGUAGAGGCUCAGAUGGUGUGAAGACUUGUCUGGAGAUUCUGCGUUGUUCGUUUUCGACCCCAGUGAGACCAACAAGGCCUUCUUGAAGAGAGGAUUGUCUCAGGUGAAAAAAGAUUGGUGCCCAAGGGCAAUCGGUCACCGUUUUUCGGGCCUCCGCCACUUCCACCACUCAUCCUUAUUCUGCGGAUUCUGCCGAAGGUGGCGCAUCUGAGCGACUGGCCCCGUCGGAAAGGCUGCCGCUUGUCGCUGUCGCUUGAGUCUGUUCCACAAGGUAGUAUGGCGCCUUCUUACCUAGUGGAUGAACCUGUUCCCCUCCGAAAGGUCUGCGGGAAGCAGGCCGGGCGAGAGUUGAGGCAUGUUGCGCGCGGUCUUCUCCCUCCGAAAGCUUCUCUCCGGUGCCUUCUCUCGGCUCUUCUUGUCGUUGAAGCGUUCUUUAUUCCUGUGGUGUUCGGCGCCAAAUUUGAAGAUGAGGCCGGCAUAAACGACUGGCUUUCGGAACAGGUGGCCGACGUCACGCAUUUGAUUCCGAGCGAGGACACCGGUCCUUCGGAUAACACUUUUUUUGUUGGAACACGCCAUGGUGUCGUAGCGGCUUUCAACGAAUUGGACGGCACACUUCGGUGGCGACGAGUCCACAGGGAGAGUGACCGCGUCGAACGCCUGGAACGGCACGCUUCCCACCUUAUCGCUCUACUCCAUCAGUCGGCAAGAGAAUCACCGAAGACACCGGGGCUGACGGUGUCACCAGAACCGGGUCGACCCGGGCUGUACGUACAGAUCGACACCACCGGCAGUCUGGUGUGGAGUGUCGAGGACGGCGUGAGUGAUUUCGCCGUUGGGCGAGGGCAAGAUGGCGCACCUGUGGUGGCUAUCUUGAAGCACGGUGGCCGGGGUCUUGAGGCGCGAAAUUUAGCGGAUGGCCACGUUCUCUGGACAGCUGGAGAGGGGUCCGAGCUGUUAGAGCAGUUGCUUGUUGUCCCGGCGGCCUUGGACGGCAUCACCUCUGCUCUGGCUGUCGCACAUGUUUCCCUACCGCAACAGGACAGCGCUCUGGUAGUUCUGUAUAGAAAAGGCCCCAAUCAGCACGAACUCCGCAUGCGUGUGCUUGCCUUCAAAGACGGAAAGCAGCUGGGAGACGUACCGUUCCAUGCUGCUGCUUUCGAAACGCUCAGCCUCGUCCAGGGCACCCCCGAGUGCGCCGGCUUCCUCACGACCGCUGCCUCCGUGGAAUCCCCUACAACUUUGAUUGUCGCCUCAUCAAACGGUGAAGGGUUCUUCGUGAGCAAGCCCUUGACUCUGGGAGCUCACGGGAAGCUUCCGAAGUCCGCCAGCGCCCCAUCCGUCCACGUCACUGCCCUUCCCGUGCCGGGGUGCUUUUUCGCUGUCACUGGAGAAGAUUCACAGACAACGAUCUACCGAGGCGAAGGCGCUGGCGAGAAGUUCCACCUGCAGCAGCAAUAUACUCUUUCGGCCGGUCCCUGGGCCUUCGGAAAGCUUUUGGUUGAUGGCAGUAGAACUGCAAGCAACAUCUGGACGGUGCUCGGCGGACGGGACCUGGCGACUGCUCCUACAGAUCUAGUUUUGGCGACAACGGUGGAGAACGAUAUGCUCCACGCCUUCGUCAUGGACGUGCGGACCGGAAUGCAGGUCCGCUAUUUGUCGCUUCCGUUCGAGCAACAAAAGAUCGAUGGCCAGAAACUGGCGAUGGCCGUGGUCCAGCAGCGGCCACUAGGCGCUGUGACGCCUUCUCUCAUCACACCCGAGCUGAUCUUUGGUCGCCUGCUGUCGGGUGAAGCUCUGUCAGCGCGCCACGCUGUGCUUGUAACUUCUGACGCGUCACUUUCCCUUGUAACGGGAGAACACUGGGUCUGGUCGCGUGAAGAAGGUCUCGCGGAUAUUCGCGGAACUGUCAUGUUCGCAAUGCCGUACACUGCGAAUCAUCCUGCUGAACGCCGGGACUGGUCUUCGCUGCCCUUCGUAUCCACGCUUCUUCCCUCUGGGCUGGAGCGCCUGGCCUUGGAGGCUGCUCUCGCGUCCCCGCCAGAUCCGUCCGUGCAGCAAACUUGGGCUGACUAUUUGAAACUUCAAGCGACACGUCUCACGACCUCUGCAGUCCUGGGAGCUUUGCAGAUGGCGGAGGCGACUGUGUCUUUCUGCCGGGAGGCGGUCCAGGGGGUUCGCCGCGCCGUGCAGAAAGGGUCUGGAGCCCGUGCAGGGGCAGGAGAAGGGCCAGCAGGCAAGAGAGUAAAACUUGCGCCGUUCGGCUUCGCUUCUCUGUCCGCGCACACAAAGCUACGUCUUCUGGGAUUUGUCGCGUUCGAGGGAACGUCGGAAGAGACUGCAGACUUGGCGCUGAACUCUGCUGCGGCUGAAGAGGUGCGGGUGCCGCGCGGACGGAAAGCGCCAGCAGUGCACGUCGAUCCUCGGUUGUUUGGGUGGACUGAGUUGAUCCUCGCCGCGACAUGCUCUGACCAGAUUUAUGCGCUGCACGCCGCAACGGGUCUCAUCGUCUGGCAGCAGAGUCUCAGUUUCUGGAAGACCCGCGAAGCACAAAGGGCAGCUUAUAGAGCCUGUAGAGCGAGCAGCACCCUGGACGCUUCGCACUUUGUCGGGGUGUCCUCAACUAAUGGCCGAAAAACAUCGGUGGGCCGUGUGGGCCCGGACGGGCCAAGCCAGGGCCGGCCUUCGCCCGCAGGCUCUGCGUUGAAGUCCCUCGAGAUGACCGGCAUCGUUGGAAUGCACCUCGUUGGAGAACACAAAAAGGAACUUCUGGCUAUUGUUGUUGACUCAAGAGCCAAGAUCACACGCCUGGUGUGGCUGGACGCAACUGUCGGCACGGUGUUGCACGUGGCGGUGGUGCCAUUCGUGCCAGCGCACAUCGUCCCGCUCCAAGCUGUUAGUCCCUAUCAUCACCAGGUGGCAAGAUCCACAACUGAGCAGAACACUCAAACCUUCUUCGAGAGAACAAACGGGGCCCUUGUGGUCGACGCCAGCGGCAAGGCGUCGGUUCUUAUCCCCAGGAAGGCAGAGACCGAAACUGAGCUCGCGACGCUGAUAGACUGCGAGGUUGCGGGACAUCUUUCGCAGCACUUGAGUCUCUACGAGUUGGACGUUGCGAGGCAGCAGCUCUUCGGCUUCCUCGUGCGCAGUGAGGAACUGCGGACUGGCGGCCAGCCUGGGGUUGCCCAGUGUGGCCUACGGAUACAGAAAACGUGGAAUAUUCCCUUCAGUGGAUCAGGCCAAGAUCUAAUAGCCUCUGCUCGGCCGCUCCACUCGGACUACCCGCACGUCCCUGUGUCGGUCACCGGUAACAUCUCGAUUGUCUACAAAUACAUCAAUCCGAAUCUUAUGGCUGUCGUCACGAAGACAGAGCGGGGUGACACAGAACUUGAUGGUGCAGGGGCGUUGCUCAUGCUCCAUGUGGUGAACCUCACAGACGGUUCGGUGAUAUACUCGGAGUACCUUCCCAGUGGGGCUUCCUUGCCUCUCCAUCUAAUGAUGUACGAUAACGUCGUUAUGGCGCACUACUGGAACCUCCAGCAAGCUCGUUACGAACUCCACUUCGUCGAAUUGCAAGACGCGCAGAAGGACGAAGGGCCUCUGAGCAUCAUUUUUUCUGCAGCCCGACACAUCGUGCCAAGACUGACAGGCUUCGAGCUGCCGCCUCCCACUGGAAUCAGUCAAACGUACAUUCUUCCCACGGGUGUCCGCGCCUUCGGCGUCACGGCCACGUUACAGGGCAUAACCACGCGCGCCAUCUUGCUGGCAACCUCGUCGUCCCAUCAGAUUUACACCAUGUCUACGCGUUUAGCCAAUGCGCGGCGCCCUCGUCUUGUGGACGAGCGCGGGCUGCCGCUGAAAGAAGCCGGUCCCGCCCAGCAGCAACAAGAGGAGGGGGUUCUUCCGUACCAUCCACUUCUGCCCCUCCUUCCUCAUGACUGUAUUUCCUAUUAUAACCAGGUGUUUCAUGUACGCGGCAUUGCGGCUCACCACACCUUGCGCGAGUCAACUUCUUCCACUUUCGCCUUCGGUCUCGAUCUCUUCUUCUCUCCUGUGCAGCCUGCCAAGGGAUACGACGUCCUCAGUUCUCAGUUCAACUACGGUCUCCUGGCGGCGGCGAUGGUGACUCUUCUAGUUUUAGUUGUUCUAACGCGCUGGCGAGCGAAAGAGGCAGAUUUGGCAGCCAAGUGGAAAUAAGAGGCGAGGCCUGGAGAAUGCGGCACAACGCAGUUAGAUGGCGACUGCCGUGUCUCUUCUUUCUUUCUGUAUGCGGCGAGCGCCGUUUUUUCUGAUGGUUGGUGGUUCUCGACAAUCAAAAAAAUGAAAAUCUUGGACCGAAGGUGCUUGAGCCAUUUGUGCAAAAUCCUCCACCCUGUGUCGGGUCGGACGAUGCCACGGUUUCGCCCCCCACCACCACCAGCACCAAACGUUCUAGAAGCUGGGGGGUCGUCAGCCUUUGUCCUGCAGUGGCGCAGGAGAAAAGUUUUAAAUUCGUAUCGUUGCAUUUGUCGUGCUCCCGCUGACCAUCGUCUUGAGUUCUUCAUUGGGAACAGCAACGCAUGCCAAACGGAGGAGGCUGAACGUGGGUGAUUGCUAGUGCCGCACCGACUUGGUGUGGUGCCAAGCGUCAACCACAAAUAGCGCAUAGCUAAGGGCUCUGCCGUCUAGAGUACCUUGCCUCGUCCCCCCAGUGACACCAUUUUUCUGCGUUGUAUCUGCGGACGCGUACGUCUCGAAUUUGUCUCCCGCAUCCCCCACAGUACGGUUUCUGCCAUGUUUUUGUCUGCGCCUCUUGUUCCAUGUUUUACGGAGUUGCUCCUAUGUUGGUGUCAACUUGUUCUUCCUUAGUUUUCCUUCCUCUCCAUGGGUGACUCCGAGGUGGAUACGAUAGUUUGAAGACCCAACUGGAAAGAGACGUUUUCGUCAUACCUCUGAUCCAAGGAAGGCCGGACGGCAAAUGGCCAAGCAAUGCACAUGGUUGGAGAGCUGUCGGCUCCUAGACUCCAGGCUCCCAUUCUCUGUCAGAUGUGGUCUGUCCUUUGGUCGAGAAGUCGACGAUGAAUAAAGCAAGCGUGUGGCAGUGGUGUCGGUCAACACGCUCUAUGGGAACAUACUCUUCAGGAUGGACCGUGCAGCAAUACUUUGUUGUCAGGUAGCGCUAGUUUUUACUUAAUGGGGAAGGCAGACUCCAAAGGCUCCCAGAUUGACUUUUUUUCGAAACCGCCACACAUCAACAUUUUGUGUGUUCGCGCCGUCUGGGGUCGCUCUCCAAUGCCUGCAAGUUUGACGUCUUGUAGGGGCGACAGACCGCAGAACUGUGCGUUGUUUCAACGCGUAUCGAGGCAACACC